ACAAAAACAAAGAAGAGGCUGCACGUCACACACCGGGCCAGCUUUCAUUGAAACACAACGUAGCUCAAAGCUGCUGCAUCGAUGAAAUAGCUACACAAGCGAAUACUGUGGAUAUUACGUUUUUUUUCUGCAGAGCCAUUUUAUGCCACUUUGCCCCGCAUUUUUCCCCGGAUGGAUAGCGGGUCCACGUCUCCUCCCUCCUCCGCGGUGGCCGGCCCCUCCACCCUGUGGCGCCUGGCCGAGAGGCGAGCGCGCAAGGCGGGCUCUGGGAACAUCUUCAGCAACGUGAACGUUUGGCAGCUCCAGAGACUUUUCAGGGCAGCCGGUGACCAGGAUGCGGAGCAGAGGGCCCAGCUGGUUUGGGCACACAGGGAUGAGACUGAGCUGGCCCAGGCCUUGGUGGGACUCAGGACCCGGAGUCACCGCAGAGGCCUGAGGACUAACAGGAGGGACGUACUGGGCACACACUGGCUGCGGGCCUUCAAUCAUCUUAGGAUUGGAGAGGGCUUCCCAAGCAGUCAGGAGAAGUACUCUGGUGACGAGACAGAUUCAGAGGCUGCAGCUCACAGCAGCGAAGAUCCUCAUCAGCACGCUACAACUGAGCUAACGGGAGGAACUACAGCGGCCUCAGUGGUACUAAAUGAGAGUCGAGGCCUCAGAAGGUCAUCCGAGAGACCGCCUCGAACUGGUUCAGGCCCUAGAGGCGGUGGCGAGAGCGACCCUGAGAGAUACCUCCACAGAAUACAACACUGACUAUGUGAAGAAAUCAAAGAAACUUAGAUCCAGAACAUGUUUGAUUAACUUAUAGUAGGUGCAAUGUGUACACUAAUAGGUGGCAUUAUAGCAGCACCACAGUUUGUCCAUACAGGGGUCCUCGGUUUAUGAAAACUGCGCAGUGAAUCAGUUUGUGCAGUGGCGUAAGAAGACUACGUCGUCAUGGGGCUAAAGAAGGCACAUUCAAACACUGUCAUACUUACUGUUUUUUUUAUUUGUUUUAGAUUUAUGCCCUACAACUGUGUUUUUUUUAUACAAAAUAUUUACUGUAAUUAUGACUUGAGUACGACAUUAGUGAUAGACUAUGGUGUGUUUCGACUUGUGGAACUCCGUCGUACGUCGAACAUCCCUUUUAUACAGCAUACAAAACAUAAAUAAAUGUAUUAUUGGGAUGGAAAGAACCCUUUUACAUGUACAACCCCAUUUCCAAUGAAGUUGGGACGUUGUGUUAAACAUAAAUAAAAACAAUACAAUGAUUUGCAAAUCAUGUUCAACCUAUAUUUAAUUGAAUACACUAGAAAGACCAGCUAUUUAAUGUUCAAACUGAUAAACUACUAUUUUUAUUGCAAAUCAUGUUCAACCUAUAUUUAAUCGAAUACACUAGAAAGACAAGCUAUUUAAUGUUCAAACUGAUAAACUACUAUUUUUAGCUAAUAAUCAUUAACCUAGAAUUUUAUGGCUGCAACACGUUCAAAAAGGCUGGGACAGGUGGCAAAAAAGACUGAGAAAGUUGAGGAAUGCUCAUCAAACAGCUGUUUGGAACAUCGCACAGGUGAACAGGCUAAUUGGGAACAGGUGGGUACCAUGAUUGGGUAUAAAAGAUGCUUCCCUGAAUUGCCCAGUCAUUCUCAAGCAAGGAUGGGGCAAGGUUCACCUCUUUGUGAACAAGUGUGUGAGGAAAAUAGUCAAAACAGUUUAAGGACAAUGUUCCUCAACGUACAAUUGCAAGGAAUUUAGGGAUUUUAUCAUCUACGGUCCAUAAUAUAAUCAAAAGGUUCAGAGAAUCUGGAGAAAUCACUGCAUGUAAGCGGCAAGGCCGAAAACCAACAUUGAAUGCCUGUGACCUUCGAUCCCUCAGGCGGCACUGCAUCAAAAACCGACAUCAAUGUGUAAAGGAUAUCACUACAUGGGCUCAGGAACACUUCAGAAAACCAAUGUCAGUAAAUACAUUUUGGCGCUACGGUGCAACUUAAUACUAGGCGAAGCGAAAGCCAUUUAUCAACAACGCCCAGAAACGCCGCCGGCUUCUCUUGGCCCGAGCUCAUCUAAGAUGGACUGAUGCAAAGUGGAAAAGUGUUCUGUGGUCCGACGAGUCCACGUUUCAAGUUGUUUUUGGAAAUUGUGGACGUCGCAAACUAAGAGGAAACUAAGCGGAAAAGAACCACCCGGACUGUUAUGGACGCAAAGUUCAAAAGCCAGCAUCUGUGAUGGUAUGGGGCUGUGUUAGUGCCAAUGGCAUCUGUGAAGGCACCAUUAAUGUGCAUACAGGUUUUGAAGAAACCUAUGCUGCCAUCCAAGCAAUGUCUUUUUCAUGGACGCCCCUGCUUAUUUCAGCAAGACAAUGCCAAACCACGUUCUGCACGUGUUACAACAGCGUAGCUUCGUAGUAAAAAGUGCCGGUUCUAGACUGGCCUGCCUGCAGUCCAGACCUGUCUCCCAUUGAAAAUGUGUGGCGCAUUAUGAAGCGUAAAAUACGACAACGGAGACCCCGGACUGUUGAACAGCUGAAGCUAUACAAACAUAUUAAAAGAAAAGGUGACGUAACCCAGUGGUAAACAUGAUCCGGUCCCAGCUUUUUUGGAUCAUGUUGCAGCCAUAAAAUUCUAAGUUAAUGAUUAUUUGCUAAAAAGAAUAAAGUUUAUCAGUUUGAACAUUAAAUAUCUUGUCUUUGUAGUGUAUUCAAUGAAAUAUAGGUUGAACAUGAUUUUCAAAUCAUUGUAUUCUGUUUUUAUUUAUGUUUAACACAAUGUCCCAACUUCAUUUGAAUAGGGGUUUUAUGUCACCAACCUUAUCAAAUACUAAGUGUAAUGUUUAAGCCUUUCAUAAUAAAGUGUUUGUAUUUACUAUAUUGUUUUGUCUUAACGUUUGCAUUUCCAUUAAUUUUAAGGAGGAAAAGUAUGAAUUUGUUUCAAAUGCCAGGGUUGAUCGACAUAAAGGUACUGAAGAAAAAUUCCAGCAUUCAAAUUGGUUGCAGGUUCAUGAUCAUGUUAAUGUCAGCUACAUUUAUGCUGAAGCAGAAGAAGUAUCUCUGAUAACAAACCAUUUGUUUUGUGUAGAUGUUCUGCACAGCAACCUUUAUUGUGCCACUACAGUCUUGUUUACACGUGCAACGUUC